AUGGUUAAAUCAAGCAGAUACGCAGUAACGUUGCAGCCAGAAACAUUGUUGCCAAUCACCACUUCGGAAAGCAUCAUGUCGAAAACAAGACAACAAUCCCAAAGCAUAUCGGAACCUGGUUUAUCAGAGGAGUUGUUAUCCAAAAUCUGUAAACAGCAAGCAGGUAUGAUUGGGAAACAACUGGAAGAGAGGUUCAAACAAUUUGAAUCUUCCUUUAAAUCUCUUGUUGAACAAGUUAACGAAAACAAAUCCAAACUUCAAUACUUGGAAACAAAAGUGGAACACAUUGAACGGAUGAGCAAGAUUAAAAACCUAAUUGUGUAUGGAGAAGAACAAGCCGCCAAUGAAACGCCGGAACUGUGUGAGAAUAAAAUUAUAAACUUUUUCCAAGAUAAACUGGAGCUUGCAGUUUCUCCGUCCGAUCUGGAUCAGUGUUACCGAAUCGGCAAGGCUCAAGAUGGCAAACCUCGUCCUAUCCUAGUGCAGUUUCUCUCGAUUAAAACGAGAGAUCUUAUUUUUAAGAAGAAGAAAAUGCUGAAAAAUACGAACUACUUCAUGAAAGAGGACUUAACAGCAUCAGCGGUGGAAACACUGAAGUUAGCCUCCGAAAAGUAUGGCAAGAACAACGUAUGGAGUCAAAGUGGAAGAAUUUUUGCCAAUAUUAAUGGUAAAAAAACUGUUGUGAAUUGCAAAAAUUUGGUUGGAAGAUAA